AUGGAAAUCGUCCGUGUUUCAGGGAUCGCUGUUGCAAUUGGUGGUCAUCGAAUGGUCAUACUAGCCGCUGUUGUUGCCUCACGUGGUCAGCGAAACGUGACGGUUUCCGUCGCGACUGGCAUCAACAUUUUUACCUCCUGUUUCUCUCACUCGGCGAUAGACGAACCCUCUCUCUGCCCCGGCAUUCUCCUUGUCAUAACGCUGCUGUUUUUCUGUGACGUUCGCCUGAUUUGGCCACCAAGCGUUUUUCGCCACGACUGGCCUUCACGCUCGAAAGCUGACCAACCGACCGAUCGACCCACCGACUGA